UCGCCGCCGCCGGGCUCCGCAGCACCCUGAGCUCCGCGGCCCCGCUAACGCCUGGCGGGCGGUGCCGUGAUGCCCGGCGGCGGUGGCGGCAGGAGGGCCCCGACGUAGCGUGUCGGCGCGGCAGCCCGGUCCCGCGGGCGGAGGAUGGCGUGUCGCGGCGGCUGCUGCUCCAGUGGGGGUCGCCUGAACGCGGACAACGCGCGGUUCCUCCUGCUGGCGGUGCUGAUCGUGCUGUACAUGCUGUGCGGUGCCGCCGUCUUUUCGGCCAUCGAGCUGCCCACGGAGCGGGAGGCCAAGGAGCGCUGGGAGGAGCGGCUGGAGAACUUCACCCGGCGCCACAACCUGAGCCGCGCCGAGCUCCGGCACUUCCUUCGGGAGUACGAGGAAGCCAGUGUGGCCGGCAUCCGCGUCGAUGACAUCCGGCCCCGGUGGGAUUUCACCGGAGCCUUCUACUUCGUGGGCACCGUCGUCUCCACUAUCGGGUUUGGCAUGACCACCCCAGCCACCGUUGGAGGCAAAAUUUUUCUGAUAUUUUACGGCCUUAUAGGAUGUGCAGGGACCAUUUUGUUCUUUAACCUGUUCUUGGAGCGCUUGAUCACUGUCAUAGCCUACAUCAUGAAGUCCUGCCAUGAAAGACAGCUGAGGAGGAAAGGGGUUCUCCCUCACAACAGCCGGUGGGGCUCAGGGACCUCUGAGGUAGACAGCCUGGCAGGCUGGAAGCCCUCUGUGUACUAUGUCAUGCUGAUUUUAUGUGUAGCAUCACUCAUCAUUUCCUGCUGUGCCUCUGCAAUGUACACACCGAUUGAAGGGUGGAGUUACUUUGACUCACUUUACUUCUGCUUCGUGGCCUUCAGCACCAUUGGUUUCGGUGAUCUGGUCAGUAGCCAGAACAUCAAGUAUGAGAGCCAAGGCCUUUACCGCUUUGGCAAUUUUGUCUUCAUACUCAUGGGGGUGUGCUGCAUCUAUUCCUUAUUUAAUGUGAUCUCUAUUGUUAUCAAACAGUCCAUAAACUGGAUAUUAAAGAAGUUGGACUGCAGGUGCUGCCACAAAUGCCAAAGAAAAUUAUUCCAUUCACGGAGGAAUGUGGUAAUGCCAGGAAAUGUGCGCAGCCGGCGAAACAUCUCCAUCGAGACUGAUGUUGUCAACGAGAGCGACACAGACGGACGCCGGCUGUCAGGCGAGAUGAUCUCCAUGAAAGACUUCCUGGCCUCCAAUAAAGUCUCACUGGCCAUCAUGCAGAAACAGCUGUCAGAAACUGCUAAUGGCUAUCCGAGGCAAAUGAGCUCUAAUUCAAAGCAAAAUGGAUUCUCUGGUGGGGUUGGAGCCCUAGCAAUUAUGAAUAACAGACUGGCAGAGACAAGUGUGGAUAGGUAAAAUAAUAAUAGUAGUAACAGUGAAACAGUGGGAAUCAUUUCAGCAAGCGUAGAAACAAUGUGAACCACGCAGAAACAGCUAGGGAGAUGGUGUCACCAGAGGGUGGGAUGGAUGUGAAUGGCAUACCUUCUGUUGGAAGACCUUUGACACUUUUUUGGGGCUGUCACUUAAUGUCUUUGCUCUUUGAAUUGCACCAGUCUCAGCCUUCCUUCUUCCCCUUCCUUCUGUUCCUCAAGCAGGUCACUGCACGAGAAAUUUGAUUUAGCCUUCAGAUCAAUUUUCCCUACCUGUUCUCCUCCAUUUAUGUGAAAUACAGAUUUCAGAAUAAGAAAUCUGUGAUGUGGGAAGAAAUCAAGUGUGUCUACUGAACACAUUCUUAAUUCAAAUACUGUUCUGAGCUCUUAAGUAUGUCCUCUUGUCAUAACUGUUUUCUGAAAGUAGCUUAUCAGGGACCCAAAGAGGAAUCAGUCUUUCUCUAUGAUAUUGCAGAUCCGAUUUAAUGGAAAUUAAUACGAAAGUUCCUGGGACUAUUGUGGAUCUAUUGUGAUGUGAAUGAGAAGAGAAUUUGGCCUUUAUAAUUUAAUUUAGUCUUCCCUUUAAAAGGAUACUGUCAAAAGUGAUAGAAAAAA